CGACUUGCCGUGCCAGUUCGGAACUUUUUCAGCUGGAGCCGCGUAGUCCCGGAAGUUAUCGACGCCACAUCAGCUGGUCAGCCCCCACCCCUCUUGGCAUCCGCCGCCGGCCCCCCGACCGAGACCACGAGACGCCGGCGCCGUCCCGUUGCCCCCCUCUUGUCGCGGAAUAAGCAAGGCGCCUCCGGCCGCCGCUCCCCCGCCGCCCGAACCGCCGCGGCUCGAUCUUCAAGCCGGCCUCGAUUCCUCGAGGCCGUUUCAACCCCGCGCUGCCGCUCAGAUAAGCACAACUUGGACUGGUAAUUUGGUUCACGUUCUUGGAAUGCUCGGUCUUCUAGUGAACGUGUAGUUUUAUGAUGUUGAGGACUAAGAGCAUAGGAGGUCAUCAAAGUGUUAUCAGCUUCCAUGAGGGUCAAUCUUGGGCUCCUCUUGCCCUUAAUGGACAAAUAUGCAGCGCCGACAUGGGCCAUACUGAUAUCAGGAUUCUUUAUGCUGCUUUCUGUUUCUCUCUCAAUGUACUUGAUAUUUGAGCACCUCUCAGCAUACAACAAUCCAGAGGAACAGAAAUUUGUUCUUGGUGUUAUCUUAAUGGUCCCUUGCUAUGCUAUUGAAUCGUAUGUUUCGUUGGUAAAUCCGGACACCAGUGUCUACUGUGGCAUCUUGCGUGAUGGCUAUGAGGCAUUUGCUAUGUAUUGCUUUGGAAGAUAUAUUACUGCUUGUUUAGGUGGUGAAGAAAGGACUAUUGCAUUUUUGAAGAGGGAAGGUGGCGAAGAUUCCGGGGAACCUCUUCUGCAUCAUGCCUCUGAAAAGGGAGUCAUUCAUCAUCAUUUUCCUAUUAAUUACAUAUUGAAACCAUGGAGACUUGGUGUGCGGUUUUACCAGAUUAUCAAAUUUGGUAUAUUUCAAUAUGUGAUUAUAAAGACACUCACAGCUAGCUUGUCUCUUAUUCUUCAACCUUUCGGUGUAUAUUGUGAUGGAGAAUUCAAAUGGGGAUGUGGGUACCCUUACUUUGCUGUAGUCCUGAACUUCAGUCAAUAUUGGGCCCUAUAUUGUUUAGUGGAAUGGUACACGGCUACUAAGGAUGAAUUGGCACAUAUUAAGCCAUUGGCAAAAUUCCUUUCCUUCAAGUCAAUAGUGUUUCUGACUUGGUGGCAGGGUGUGAUAAUUGCUAUCAUGUAUUCUUUGGGCUUGGUUAGAAGUCCAUUAGCACAGAGCUUGGAGUUGAAAUCAAGUAUUCAGGAUUUCAUCAUCUGUAUAGAGAUGGGCAUAGCAUCAGUUGUUCACCUGUAUGUGUUCCCUGCAAAACCUUAUGAGCUAUUAGGUAAACAAUAUUCACCUACAAACAUUUCAGUACUUGGGGACUACGCAGCCUCAGAUCCUGUGGAUCCUGAUGAGAUAAAGGAUAUCAGUCGACCUACCAAAGUGAGGCUUCCGCAGUUGGAACCAGAUGAGAUAAUUGCAACUAAUAUUAAAGAGAGUGUUCGAGACUUUGUAAUUGGCAGUGGAGAAUAUGUCAUAAAAGAUUUUAAGUUCACUGUUAACCAAGCAGUACGUCCAGUGGAGAAGCGCUUUGACAAAAUGAAGAAGAACAUCAAGUUCAGGCAAAGCCGGGAUGACAAUUGGGUGAAUGCAUCAACACCAGAGAGGACAAUUCGUGGUAUCGAUGAUCCUCUCAUAAGUGGGAGCGCCAGUGACAGCGGGAUCGGUAAAGGGAAAAGACAUCGCAGAGAACCAAGUUCAGCUGGUACUGUGGACGGUUGGGAAGGUACUGAGCUGGCACCUGAUGGCUUCAUCAUACGGGGCCGCCGGUGGGAAAUCAAGAAAUCGUGAAUUCGUGAUCCUCUUUCCAUACCGCCAGCGGUGAAACUCUGCAGAUUGGAGCAUCCGGCAAUUGGCACAUAUGUUUCCGGUGACUUGCUGUAUUGCUAGUGAAUUUUGCUACUAGCAUGAAGCUUUGGCUGGGCCAUACACUACUGUGCAGAACUUUUUUAUGUGGUAGACUAGUAGAUUGUGUACAUAGCAGACCAUUUCCUGUCCCCUUUGAUUUCUGCUGACAGCCGGGGCCAGGGAACUGUACGUGCUUAUAUUAGCCACUAAAAGUGUGCUUAAAUUCAAUCUACACUGUUAACUUCCGUCUAUAAAUAUUUGUUCUUGGUGCACA